AUGAACAUUCUUAAACAAAUCAAAGCAGUUCUCCUAGACAAAGACAGAUCAGAAUUAUCCUCAGCUCAACAGAAUAAUAUUUUUAAGAGCAACCAAAAAUCCUCAAAGCUUGCAUUACAGCAGAAAAGGCCUUCUGUUUUAUUAACUAACUCCCCCCCCAUCCUUGAUCGAACGAUUGGCUGUAAAAAUUCCUAAAAAAUUGAGGAAAUUAACUCCCAUCCUUUGAUCGAACGAUUUUCAUAUCAUCCAAAUUUUUAUAUAUAUAUAAAAAUAUAUUAGUUAUCAAAAGCUUGGGAAGAUGUACCUAAUGAAGUUGUUGUCAGAGCUUUGAGACACAGAAAGUUGCGGAAUCAACCAUCCGAAGUGAUUUAGCCAUCAAUCUAGGCUUGAAAACUCAAUAAUCUAAAAAAUAGAGAUUCUUUAAAAUUUAAAAAAAAAAAAAAAAUUUUGAUUCUGUAAGUAACAAAUUCAAAUUUAUACAGUUUAAAAAGGGUAACUAAUAAACCAAAAUAUUAAAAAAUUAAUAUUUUAUGAAAUUAAUUCAAUUUUUUGCUGUAAAAAAUAAUUAUUAAAUACUCUUAACCCUCUUAUUUAAAAGUAAAUAAAAAUAUAUAUAUAUAUAAAUUUUUUUUUCCCGAGAAUUUUUUUUUUUUAACCCCCCAUCCUUGAUCGAACGAUGGCGAGUCGUUCGAUCAAGGAUGGGGGGGGGAAGUAAGGAAUUACCAAUAAACAUCCCUAAGGAUCUUUCUUGUGAAGAGGAAGAACAAAUCAUCAGAAAGCUUGACAAGGCCAAAGAUUGCACUGAGUACUAUUGGAUAGAAGCCCAAUGGGUAAAAGACUGGGCUGGGUAUAUCCAUGGAGAUAAAGCUCCUGGCAAGCUGAGAACUUCAAAAUUGAGGGAUGCCAAAGGUGCCGUUAAGAAGGAUUUAAAAAUUGGUACCGAUUACCGAGCUCUUAACAAGCAGCAAUGGCUCUUUUUAUCACACAAAUACGGAGCUGAGUCACCCAUAAUUUCAGCUUCCCCUAUAUAUUUAGAGCCAAACAGUGAAGAAAUUGAGCCUGAGGAUGCUUUAACCCCUCGUUUUGAUGCUACAAAUUUAAAAUUGCCUCCAAGCAUCAGAUCUGAUCAUUUCAGGUCGAAUUCCUGUAUUGAAGGAAAUCCUAGCCUUAAAAAUUCAUUUUUUGAGGCUGAAUUAUUAGAAGCCAAUCCAUUAUUUUCAAUAAGAAAAGAAAGUUUCGAAAUUCCGAGCGUGGAAGGGGACGUAAACACUCCGCUUACUGAAGCAGAAGAAAUUGAAAUUAAAUCAAAUAAUGAGUCAGCGACAAGGAGCACAGCUAAUACUAUGAAUGAAUCGGAGCUCAGCUUCUUGUGCUCAGGACCUUUUAAAGUAAAAUCUGGAAGAGUCGGGCUGGAGAACCCAGGGCUGCUUUGCUAUAUGAAUGCAGGGCUGCAGUUGCUUUUUACGAUUCCAGAAAUUAAAGAAAAUUUAUUACAGCAAAAUAUAGAUUUUCAAGAAAAAAAUUUAUUGAAAAUCAUGAGUGAGCUGGCAAGACAAAUUUUUAUUGGAAAAUCAAAAAAAAUCAGGCCUGAAAGCUUUUGGGACUAUAUAAGCACCUAUUUUCCUUUAAGCAGGCAGCAUGAUUUGCCAGAGUUUUUGAGGUUUAUGAUAAAUAAACUGGAACAAGAGCUCCCAGUCUUUACACAAAUUUUUAAUGGGAGCACUUGUAGCAAAAUUACAUGCGAUAACUGCUUUCAGGUUUCUAAAAAAUAUGAGCGGUUUAUCGAUCUCCAGUUCGAGCUGAGCUCGUCAGUAGAAAAAAGCUUUCUUUUAUUUACAAAAGAAGAGCGUCUCACAGCAAAUUAUGACUGUGAUUCAUGCAAUGAAAAAUCCGAAGUUUCCAAGCAAUUUAAAAUUUCCAAGGCUCCUUCAUAUUUAUACUGUUUUAAUAAAAUAAAUGAAUAAAUAGCCUAUAUAAUGUAGUAUUCGCAUUGGUUCUGAGCUGAAAUAUUAAUCCAAGUUAAGAGGUUCCGACAAAUGCCUUAUCCACACAAGAAAUAAAAUGCUGACGUUAUGGAAAUUGCACUCUGAGACUCGCUCCCCUAUGGGAUCAGGUAGGACCAUCCUGAUGAAGCUGAAAUAGUGCCUAAUAGGCUUUCAGGCUUGGAAACCCUUGCCGAACAGGGAAGUUUUGCUCCCCCUCAAAAGUUUUCCUGUCCUGCCAGAUGGACUAGAUAGGUUUACCUACCACAUGAUCUCGUCUUACCGGGGACCAUUAGGGCACCCUACAGACGCUGGCUCAGCCUAAUGGAGUUAAUCCCCUGGGCAGAUGGUUAACCUGAAAUCCAUAAGGCGGUUUUCUCACUUAUGGUCAGCAUAACUUAAAUCCUUCCACACAAAGUGUCAACCUCCUGCAGGUACAAAAAACGAAUGAGCAUUGAAAAUUUUGCAACGGAAAAAAAUGAAUAUGAACUCUUAGGAGUUGCCGUACACAAUGGGUCAAUCGACAAUGGACAUUAUUUGGCAUAUUGCAAACGAAGCCAUUCCUGGUACCUUUUUGACGACGCGAAGUGCACAAAAGUGUCUUUAAAAGAAGUGCUGAAUUUAAAUGCAUAUGUCCUCCUCUAUCAAAAAGUCGAUCCAAAUUAA